AGGGUCAAUCGGAAGGAGGAAGCCGCGCAGAGGGAAAUAGGAGGAUAGAGCGUCCGGGAGUUGGUGCCUGCGGGGGUUGGCGACCAGCAUGGUGCUGUCACCCCUGCUGUUUCUUCCGCUCCUCUUGGCCGGGACCGCGCCUCCAGGAGCCGCGGACCUCACAGAUGGCAACAACGAGCAUCUAAAACGGGAACACUCGCUUAUCAAGCCUUAUCAGGGGGUUGGCUCCAGUUCAAUGCCUCUCUGGGAUUUUCAAGGGAGUACAAUGUUGACUAGCCAGUAUGUUCGACUGACCCCUGAUGAGCGCAGCAAAGAAGGUUCUAUCUGGAACCGGGUGCCCUGUUUUCUGAAGGAUUGGGAGCUUCAUGUCCAUUUUAAAGUUCAUGGGGCAGGGAAGAAGAAUCUCCAUGGAGAUGGUUUUGCCCUGUGGUACACUCAGGACCGCCUUACUGCAGGACCUGUAUUUGGCAGUAAAGACAAAUUUCAUGGAUUGGCCGUUUUCCUGGAUACCUAUCCCAAUGAGGAAACUACUGAGCGUGUGUUUCCUUACAUUUCUGCCAUGGUUAACAAUGGAUCCCUGACCUAUGACCAUAGUAAAGAUGGUCGCUGGACGGAGCUGGCAGGGUGCACAGCUGACAUUCGUAAUCAGAACCACGACACCUUUUUGGCUGUCCGAUAUUCUCGGGGGCGUCUGACGGUGAUGACUGAUGUGGAGGAUAAAAAUGAAUGGAAAAACUGCUUUGAUGUUGCAGGAGUCCGAUUACCCACUGGUUAUUUCUUUGGGGCUUCUGCUGGUACAGGAGAUCUAUCUGAUAAUCAUGAUAUCAUUUCAAUGAAGCUAUUUCAGUUGAUGGUGGAACAUUCCCCAGAGGACGAAAACAUUGACUGGACAAAGAUUGAGCCCAGCGUCAGUCUUUUCAAAUCACCCAAAGAUAAUGUAGAUGAUCCAACAGGAAACUUUCGUAGUGGGCCCUUGACAGGCUGGAAAGUGUUCUUACUAUUACUAUGUUCUCUACUUGGCAUCAUUGUAUGUGCUGUGGUGGGGGCUGUGGUUUUCCAGAAACGCCAGGAGCGGAACAAGCGGUUUUACUAAGGUGUAAGAGGCAGAAAUUUGGGGCAGCUGGGGAUGUUUUUUUUACAGGGGGAGGGAGAAUUGUAUAGACUCUGGUUUCUAAAAGGCUGUUUCAGAGAAAUGUAUGGAAUAUUUUCAUAUCCCUUUUUUUUCUUGGCAACAAUAAGCAAUUGUGCCACACAAUCUGGAGUAUAAAUUGUACUGUACUUGGGAGCCUGCCAUUUUGAAAGCUGUAUGGAAACUUCAGUCCUUCUAUAAAAUCUUUUUAUGGAAAACAGGCAAAUAACAGUAUGGUUCAAACUUAGAAAAUGUUGCUUCUUCUCUGAGAGGCAUGUUUUGCACUUCAGAUAGUAUUUCCAAAGUUACUCUUAAGAGUAUUUUGGUAGUUCAGCUAUGCGGAGGGUGGUUUUCUUGCUGUGGCCUAUAAAUAAUUCAAGAAAAUUAUUUUUUUGAACUGAAUGUAUUUCAUAGUUUCACUUAUUCCGAAACCUUUUUUUAAUACCAGCUAUUUCUGUUUCGCUGGGAGUGAAACUGACUUGCACCAAAACAACUGGCAUCCAUGAAAUGUGAUAUCUGUGACUGCAUUGGCUUGGGAGAGCGGGGGCUUGAUUUUUUCUAGACAAUAUGGACUAUUUGCCCCAUUUAUUAAACAUCUAAACUAGUUGAUUCUAAUGGCAGAAUUGAAGUGUAUCAUAGCCACAUUGUUAUGUGUGCAUAUGGAAGAUGAUAAAUUGAAGAAAGACAAUGUGAAAUAAAAUGGAAAAUUUA